AUGGCAAUACACUCCCCAUCGCCCGCCCCAACGGCCAAUCACGGCGGUUGGCUGGUUGCCAGCAAACCAGGCGGCGGCGGAAAGCAUCGGUUGAAGUGGGGUUGGGGCGGGUCAGGUGGUGAGGGAAUUAUUUUCUUCCUGGCUCCGAAAAAAAAUCAAAUUACAGAUCUCCACGUUUCGUAUUUUGCGUACGGCGCUGUACGGUACGGUACGGAAUACACGACACCGCCAUUCAAAGGGCCUGGGCCAAACCGGCUCAGCGGGGCUCAGCGCGGGGGGGAGGAAGAGGAAGAGGAAGAGGAAGAGGAAGAGGAAGAGGAUGGGGAAGAGGAAGAGGCAAGCUGGAAACUUCAAACACCAACCAACAAACAACACACUGGUUUUAUUUUUGGUGAAAAUGGUAAUAAUGUAAUGAUGAUGCUACCUCCAUCCCAUGGCGCAACGGGGAAAAUGGCGAACGGUCAGGAGAAACUCGGUUGUUAUUUUCGGAUAUUGGGGGGGCCACUGGGUUCCUCUAUGUUUUGACGUUGACUUGACGUGGAGGUGGGGGGAAGUGUGCUUAUCAGAAUAAUAAUAAAUAAAUAAAUAAAUAAUAUGGAGAAGAAGAAGCAUGGCAAAACAUGGAGAAAGAUUCCUCUCAGAUCUGAUAUCUCAAUAAUGAAACAGCAUCAUCUAUCAUCAUCUCCAUCACCCCCUUGAGAUUCCUCCCUGACCACACGGCAAUACAAUAAUACCACACAAUCCCAACAGGAUCAGAUCCCGCCCCUACCCUUACCAGCACCUUUCCCCGCCUCAACCUCAACCUCAACAUAAUCAGAUCAAUAAUAAUAAUCAAUCAUCAAUUAUUGGGUAGUUACAGUAAUGCAAAAAAAACCAAUAACUACCGCCGGAAAAAAGCAAACAGACAGGCCCAUCUAGGCAUGAUAUAUGAUAUUGGUUGGGGUGAGGAAUGCUCUGUACAUGUACAUACAUAGUACUCCGUAGUAACAUUGAUACAUCGUAUAUCCCAAGAAAGAGGAUAGAUACUGACUGACUCUACUCCGUACAUCCCUCCCUACC